UGCUAGCUAAUUGUUCGCUAAAAUUGUUUGCUAGCUUGAGUCAAAUGAAACCAACUAAGGGUGGAAUUAAUUUAAAAAAAGUUGUAACGAUAGUUAUUGUACAUAUACUUUAUGUUAAGCUUUCACAUAAGGACAACACUUACCGAAGGAAUUUUUCUCGCAUGGAUUCGUAUCAACUCAAGUUCAAAUUAUGUGUUUUCAUGAUUAUUGUGUAAUCGUGUUUGCAUUUCGAAAUGUCGCCGACUUCACCCAACAAAGGUUGGGCAUGGUUUGUCCUUUUAGGAUCAGUAGGAGAACACAUUGUAAUGGGCUAUUGUGCGUAUGCUAGUGGAAUGAUACAUAUCGCUCUUCUAGAAAACUUCAAUGCCGAUUUAUUGACAACAACAUGGAUAUCUGCACUAUUUUUAGCUUUAAUGACAGGCUCAGGACCUAUUGCCAGUACCAUCAUCAAUCGAUUUAGUUGUAGAGUGGCUAUGAUACUAGGAUCACUCAUGUUAUCCACAGGACUUGUCUUAACAGGGUUUGUAGAGGAUAUCAAAUGGACAUAUCUUACAUUUGGAAUUCUUUCAGGAAUAGGACUUGGGUUAUGUUGCAAUACAGGUUUGAUAGUGAUAGCGUUUAACUUUGAACAGAAACGUAACAUGGCGUGUGGCAUAGCUGUAUCGGGUGGCGGAAUUGGACCUUUCAUUCUUACUCCUGUUUUCCAAUUAAUAUACGAGAAAUAUAGUUAUCCCGGAUUUUUUCUACUAUUAGGAGGCCUUGCAUUGCAAAACUGUGUGUUCGGUGCCACAUUUCGACCAUCUAAAACAGAACUUGCAAUGAAAACCGCAAAUGCAAAUCGUAAGGAAAGAUUGUGUGAUUCUGUGUCGUCUUAUAUGGAGAUAGUUCGGAGUAAAUCAAUGUUUCCUGUAUGUUUAGGAUUCUUCCUGGCAAAUAUAAGCAUUUCUCUACUCUAUAUACAUUAUCCUGAGUAUUGUCUCCAGACAAAAUCAUCGAAAAUGGAAGUGUCUAUAUUUUUAUCAAUAGCCGGUAUAUCUGGCUGUUUUACACGGAUAUUAUUUGGUAUGGCUAAUAACAGCCAUAACAUUAAUGAAUUAAUAAUGCUAUUUGGAGUGUUUAGUUUGUUAGGCUUAGGUACCAUGAUCUUUCCAUUAUUCAGUUCAUAUACAACGGCCAAAGUUAUGUUUGCUUGCCUACUUGGCGGAUAUUCUGGUUGCUGUUGGACAGUUGUGAAUACUAUAGUUAUAAAAAUUUUAGGACAUGAGAAACUCGCACAUGGUGUUGGUUAUCUCAUGGUAUAUGUUGGAGUCGGAACAUUCAUAGGACCGCCACUUGCAGGAUUUAUCAUUAAUUAUGGUGGUACUUAUGGAGAUUCCUUCACAGUAGCAGGUACUUUACUAAUUAUGGGAGCAUUGAGUUGCCUUUGUAGUACAAUGUGUCAAAGAGCAGUGGACACCAAAGCAGAUAUUGAUGACCUUGAAAUAACUGUAACAGCUGAUGAACAUAAAUAAAUUAUUUUCAUUAAUAAUAGAACAGAAGAAAAUGAUAUUUUUUUUAUUGAAGAAAUAAAAAGUAUGAACAUCAAUAUAGGGUUUAUAAACAAACAGUAAAACAUAUUAUAGAAUUACAUAACAAAGAAUAAUUUAAUGCUCUUUCUGAUUGUAUACGAACUCAUUUAAUUUAAACUGACAUAGCCAUAUACUAAAUGGUUGUCGUCUUCCUUACUUGUUACGAUGAUUUUUCACGAGACAAUACCUUUAGUUAAGAAACUUCCAGUUUCAAUUUUCAAUUGGAGAGCCAUUAACCAAAAAUCGUUAUUUUAAGACUACAUAUUUUUUUAAAUAAAAUUUUAUUUAAUUUACUAGUAUGCAAUAAAAAAGAAUCAACAAUAGGGAUUAACAGGUUGGCUUAGAGUUCUACUAAUGCAAGAAACUCCUAACAUGAAUUUAUUGUAUAACCUUUUUUUUAAUAUUUAACUUUAAAUAAAUUAAAAAUCUCAAUAUGGAAAUUAUUACAGUUUAUUAUUCCAACAAAAAAGAUUUUAUUACAAUGGAAAAUAACACACCUAAUAUGUGUAAUUUUUGUAACCUAGAAGAAAACACCUAAUCAUUAGAUACAAAAUCACAGAAAAGUAUUACUCAAUAUCUGUUUUAAUUACAAUGCCUAUUUUUUUCUAUAUAUAUAUAUAUAUAUCAUAUUAUGUGUUUGAGCAGAAAAAGAAAAAGAAAAAAACAAACAAAUGUCUACAGAUUUUUGUGUAAAUUAAUAGAAUAAAAGAGUAGACACCACUAUUAUUAGACAUAAGGUAACAAAUCCAAUGUUAUUAACUAUUAAAAGGAACAUAAGCAAUGGCUAAUCUUAGUAGUGUUAUUUUAGUACUCUCUGAACAAAAAUUUAUAUGUCAGCUGAUUAUUCCCUGGGUAGUCAGUGGAAUUUAACAGGGUACGUCAAGAGAAGCUUGGAAUCUUGAUGGUUUUUGUAACAAGCACGAUUUCAUGAAUACUAAUAUAGUGUUGUUAAAAAACAUUUAAUGACUUAAAGUUUUAUGUUCAGAAGUUUUAAGUUUCAAUUUAAAAGGGAAAUCCAGGAAUUGUGUAUGUACUGAUAAACAAAAUGUUAAUGAAUGUUAUUGAAUAUAUAAGAGGGUCUGGAUGGGGGUCCUUCAUUUCUGUAUUCUUUAAGUUUUUAGCCCAUUAUUCUCUAUUUUGUAAAACCCCAUCCA